GCAGAGUUCAGGAUUACACUACGUUCAGGGUACAUGAGUGAAUUAUAUACAGAGUGCAGAGUUCAGGAUUACACUACGGUCAGAGUACAUGAGUGCAUUAUAUACAGAGUGCAGAGUUCAGGAUUACACUACGGUCAGAGUUCAGGAAUGCAUUAUAUACAGAGUGCAGAGUUCAGGAUUACACUACGUUCAGGGUACAUGAGUGCAUUAUAUACAGAGUGCAGAGUUCAGGAUUACACUACGGUUAGAGUUCAGGAAUGCAUUAUAUACAGAGUGCAGAGUUCAGGAUUACACUACAUUCAGAGUUCAGGAAUGCAUUAUAUACAGAGUGCAGAGUUCAGGAGUACACUA